AUAUGGCAAGCUAUAACUUUAUUUGCGUCAACUUCACUUGCCAAUUUUUUCUACAAUAUUACUCCUAACAAUUAUGCAGUCUUUGAAAUUGAUACAUUUACAACUUCGAUGGCAAAAUUGUCUGUUUUGGACCUUGUUUUCAUAGACCACCAAAAUAAGCAUUCAUCUUUCAGAAUAACUAUCAAACGUCGGAUAGUAAACAUGGAUCGAGAUGAAAUUUUUGUUUCUGAAAUUGAACUUCUUUUACCAAAAAACUUGUCUGAGAUUGAAGAUACAAGAAGUUUAGCUGUUGACUACAGCAAAUUAAAUAUUGCGGCUCGUUCUUUAGUAUCGCCACCGUUCGCAACAGGAUCUUUAAAUUACCAAAAAAAUUCUAGAGCUAAAAUUCUAAUUAUUGGGCUUGGAGGUUCGCAGAUAAACAACUUUCUUCAUAAUGCAUUUUCUAUGGUGGAUCUAACAGUCAUUGAAUUGGAGGAACAAAUGGUAAAUAUUGCUAAAAAAUAUUUUGGUCUUUCCUUAGAUGACCAUCAGAAAGUUAUUGUUAUGGAUGGAAAAAAGUAUUUGCAGGAAGCGGCAGAUAAAGGAAUCAAGUUUGACGCGAUCUACAUUGACGUUUGUCCAACGAGGUUUCCGGAAGAAGAAGAAAUUAUGUGUCCUAUCAGCGCCUUUUUAAAUCCCGCGACCAUCAAAGCAAUUAAAAAUUCCCUUAAACCCAGCGGUAUGGUAUUCAAAAAGCUUUUUUGCUGCUAA